UCACGCCUAUACUUUCUAUUUAUUGUCUGCCCUCCUCCCGCCCCCCUUCGCUCGAAGUAGURCCUGGAUUCACUGUUUUGGGGGAGGGGAGGGGGUAGAGAGGAUGUUCUGUUGAACUGACCUGAAGGGUGCAGUUAUUCUCAACCUUUUUGCACAGGAUUGUAGCUACAAUAUCGAUAUUAAUAUGGUCUUUUUAUGCAUUGUACAUUUCUCAGCGGCUCCUUCAUUCAACACAAGACCUCGAAGUGUUGUGUUCAACGAGCGGGAAACCGCUGUCCUAACAUGCAGUGCAGUAGCAAACCCAAGAGCGGAGAUCACGUGGUACCGUGGCAACACUCAGAUCUCUGAUAACCACCAAGGCAGCUCGCACCAUUACAGAGUUGACAAUCGUGAUGUAACACCUAAAGCAUCAAACAGAGCCAAGUACUGUCCAAGUGAAAUUCCACAUACAGUAAUACAGAGCACUUUGAUGAUACGAAACUCCAAUGGCUCAGAUACAGGGACAUACACCUGCAAGGGACAUAAUAUCCUUG